AUGGAAAGAGUCGAUGUCCACACUCAUUGUGUUCCACCCUCAUACCGGGAAUAUUGCUUGAAAAGCGAGUUUGCGGGCAAGGGCCAUCCGGAUGGAAUGCCUGCGAUCCCAGAAUGGAGCGCAUCAGCCCACAUCGAACUAAUGAAAAAGCUCAAGAUAAAAAAAUCAAUUCUCAGCAUGUCCUCACCAGGAACCAACCUAACACCAGAAAAUGAUGAAGAGGCACGAUCUGUGACACGCCGCGCCAACAUUGACAUGUCCAAAACCUGCGCUGAUCACUCGGGCAAAUUCCUUUUCUUUGCAUCUCUCCCCCUCCCAGACGUGGAGGGCUCCCUUGCAGAAAUAGAUUUUGCACUAGACCAUCUUGGCGCAGUUGGGUUUCAAAUCCUGACCAAUUCGCAUGGCAUCUACCCCGGAGACCCGCGAUUUGAUCGUGUUUUCGAUAAGCUGAGCGAACGCAAAACAAUCGCCUUUUUCCAUCCUACCACAUGUCUCAUUUCGCAUCCCGGAGACGGUUCCUUAAGUAAGGUCAACCCCAUUCCUGGGUUCUCGGCGCCGAUGAUGGAGUUCAUGUUUGACUCAAACCGGGCAUUGAUGAAUCUACUCACUUCCGGGACGGUGGAUCGGUGUCCAGGGAUUACUUUCCUGGCUUGUCAUUGUGGUGGCACUUUCCCUCCCAUUUUGCAACGGGUUGCAGAGUUCUCUCCUAUGAUCUCCGGUCUUGGGAAUGCUAUGAGUGCAGAGAAGAUGAAAAGCCUGCUGCAGACCCGGUUCUAUUUUGACCUCGCGGGAGUUCCAUUUCCUGACCAGAUACACGGUCUUCUUCGAGUGGUUGACUCUUCCAGAAUUUUGUAUGGGAGCGAUUAUCCCUAUACGCCAGUAGCACUGGCUGAGUCUUUGGCGAAAAGAAUGGAUGAGGGUUUAGAGAUGGAUUUCGGAUCAGAGACAAAACGAGAGAUCUUGCUGGGGAACGCGGAACACAUCCUACAGUCCAUGGAUAAUUAG